AUGAACAAACGUCUCCAUGAGCCCAUGUACAUUUUCAUUGCUGCUUUGCUUUGUAAUGCUCUCUUUGGAGCAACUGCUGUUUAUCCUAAACUGCUCACUGAUUUACUUUCUGAAAAACAAGUCAGUUCUUACCACGGCUGUUUAUUUCAGGCUUUUUGUGUUUAUACAUAUGCUGCAUCAGAAUUCAUGCUGCUAUCAGCUAUGGCCUAUGACCGAUAUGUGUCUAUCUGUAAACCUUUACAUUAUUCAAAUAUGGUAAAAAUGCCCACUGUCAGAAAGCUCAUAUGUUUUUCAUGGUUUUUACCUUGUUGUGCAAUUGGUAUAGGAUACGUACUACUAUCCCAGCUUCCAUUGUGUAAAUUUAAAAUGAAUAGAAUAUACUGUGAUGCUCACUCAAUUGUCAAAUUAAGUUGUACAGGAACAUCUGUUAUUAACCUUUUUGGACUUGCUAUUUUCAGCAUUGCUAUAUUUCCUCCAGUGAUCUUCAUAAUCUACUCGUACAUGAGGAUACUCGCUGUGUGUUUAAAGAAUUCUAAAGAUUUCAGAAGAAAAGCUCUACAGACCUGUUUACCACAUCUGCUCAUUUUUAUCAAUUUUUCUGUUAACAUGUGUUUUGAAAUGAUAAAUAACAGACUAGAAUCAAAUCAAAUUCCCCAUAUUAUUGCCAUAAUCCUGUCAGUUGAAUAUUUAUUCAUUCCUCCUUUAUUCAAUCCCAUAAUAUAUGGAUUAAAACUGCAGGAGAUUUUGAAAAGCAUCAAGAGGUUGAUUUCAUGGAAGAAGAGGGCUGAGGUUUAUUUUUAG